GAGUGUGUGUGUGUGUGUGUGUGUGUGUGUGUGUAUGUGUGUGUGUAUGUAGGGGGAGUGUGUGUGUGUGUGUGUGUGCACCUUGUCUGGGUGUGUCCCUGUUAAAGUAGCAGGUACUGCCGCAUUUUCGUCUCUGUCGCCGCUGGAGAGACUUGAACCGUCCGGGAUGGAUCUUUUCGACGUUAAGACGCUUCUGUUUCUGCUCUCUUUUAUCGGAUGCUGUACGGGGCAGAGCAUUCUGCCGGCCGGUCCGGUAGACGCAACUUUGGGGACAAAUGUGACUUUUCAGACUCUGGUUAACAAACCAGACUACUUCCUCAUACUCUGGAAUUUCAACAGCGGGGGUGAACAGGUUAAUGUUGUUACACUAACUGGGGCAGGGGUGCUCAAAGUGAACCCCAUGUACACGGGGAGAGUGGCCAUUAACAAUACCAACGGCUUCUUGUACCUGGGACCCGUGAAGGCUGGGGACAGCGGGCAUUACAGCAUCAGUAUAACAUCAUCGGACGCUUCGACCCUAACAGCAGAUACGCAGCUCCGAGUUCUGGAGCCGGUCUGUGAUGUAACCAUCACCUCCAACAUGCCCGAAGCCAUAGAGUACAACAGCACUGUGGUUCUGAACUGCUCCGCCAAAGGCUCCUUCCUCAAGUUUGCCUGGCUCAUGGGCGACAAGCCCAUCGUGGACGGUAAUCGCUUCACACUGAAACAGAUGGGACUGUCCAGUACUGUGACCAUCGCAAAUGUUCUCAGGACGGACCUGGUUGGUCCCAUCUACUGCAGAGCUGCUAACCAGCUGCAGAGCCAGACGAGCGCCCCCUUCAACCUCACUGUCUACUACGGACCCGAAGUACCGGUAGUCAUCGUUUCUCCUCCGAUCCUUGACAAAGUCAUCGGAUCCCAAAUCAACAUGAGCAUGUCCUGCUCAGCCAUCUCCAAUCCGCCCGCCACCUUCACCUGGUACCGCAACCAGCAGAUAAUGGAGAACGCGGGUCCCCUCCUGACUCUGGAAGUCAUAAAAAAACACAGAUUCGGGAGUGAAGAGGGAGAAUACACAUGCAAGGCCAGCAACGCAAAGACCGGCCGCGUCGUCUCUUCUGCUGGCGUUACCUUCGCUGUGAUGGAUGCCAUCUCAGGUGCUAAAGUCAGCGGUCCGAACGCUGCCCUCAUUGCCGGCAACAGCACGGCCAACCUCAGUUGCCAGGCGACGAGCGGCACCGUGAAAACCAUAACCUGGCACAAAGACGGCCAACGCCUGUCUGCUGGUGGCCGCCUGGUGUUCUCCGCCGACAUGAGCUCCAUGAUGAUCAACCCGCUGCAGAGAGAGGACAAGGGCGAGUACAGGUGUCAGCUCGCCAACCCCAUCCACUCCGUCGAAGCCUCCUACAGGAUGGUGGUCAACUACGGUCCUGAAAAAGCGGAGGUGACGGGUAAAAAGGCUGUUGAGGUGAACAACAAGGUGGUCCUCACCUGCUCUGCUGACUCCAUCCCCCCUGCCAACUUAACCUGGAAGUUUAACGGCACAGAUACCGGUGUCAAAACGGCCCAGUUUACGAUCGAGAUGCCUACUGCCAAGGACACCGGAAAGUACACAUGCGAGGCGACCAACGCUGUCACUGGCAAGAAUGCCAUGUACACCCACAGCCUGACCGUCCAAGACAAAGGAACGCUCCCGGAAGGUCUCUCAGACGGAGCCAUCGCUGGAAUCAUCAUUGGCAUCCUCAUCGCUCUUGCUGUCGGCAUCGGCCUAAUCGUGUACUGCAGACAGAAAGUACCCUUUUGUUUCUCACCUGUCAGUCUCCGGCCUUCGGCAUCCUACAACGUUAGUGUUGAGUCACCGUACUGAAGAAGUCCCUGCACACUGCUGGAGAAGCCGGCCCGAACCAUCCGACCAUUUUGUUUCCCAUGAUCCAUCUGUGCAGCCGGGAGGAGGAGCGUCCGGUUGGAUCCGGCUGGUUUCCGGUGAAGCCCUUUGCCAAAACCAGAUUUCCCAUCAUCCCUUCCUCUCGCUCUAUCUCGCUGACAAGGACAAAGGAAACUCGAUUGAACCCAAACGAUGGAUUCUAUCAGAGUUUGGAUUAUUAGCCGGAAUCUUCACUUGUUUGUUCUAAUCUUAAGGGUUGUUUUUUUUUUUAGCUUUUUUUUCACUUUCACCUUGGCCAUAAAUUCAUCCGCCAUCAGUGGAUCGUCACCGCCUUCUCUUCUUCUCCUCCGCCUGGUGUCAACAAACGUCAUCCUUCACCUUUUUGUCUCGCUCGCCGCUUCCUUUAGGAAACCAAAA